AGCUGUGAGGAAAAGACAAAUUACCAAAAGUGGCCUUGACUCGAACCUUCUGAGUGAGAAAGAGGUAUAAGGUCUAUUUCAGAGAUGAAACUUUGAAAAUAAAUAAAAUCCCUACAGAGAUUUGAGAAUUGAAUUUGGGAAUCCAGGUUUAGGAUCAACGAUGAUGAUUAUGAAGAUUGAAGAGUCGGCGAUUGUUUUGUCUCUGCUCAAAUCGGAUCUCCGGCCGAUGGAUGACGUUUUAUCGGAAUUCAACUCCAAGUUCGAUGAUAGCUCUCGUUUCUUCAGUGUCUGCAAUUCUCUUUCCAUGAUGUUGCAGGAUCAGAAGAUGCUUCAGAAUACUGAACGUCUAAUUGCAUUUGCUAUCAUACAUCAGUGUUAUUCUUCUCAGAAGCCAUCUCUCAACCCGUUUUUAUCUGAAAUGAUGAGUGCUGCUUGUAAUGAGCAACUAGAAAAGUCUGAGAGGGCAUUUCUUCUCCACCUGUUACAAUGGAAUAGUUACAACAACGUGAAAGAGAUUCUCAAACAGUCAGCUGUUGAUUAUAUCAGAUCGUUUGAUCCUUCAACUCAUGAUUUUCCGGAACUAAGAGAGCUGCAACGAGAGUAUGGUGACAAAGCCGAUCCUGGACCAUCUAGUCACAUUUUUGCAGACUAUUCCCUCAAAAAGCUAUUGCAUGAUCCUGAUGUUCCUCGUGGGUGCGAUCCUAACUCUCCAGAGUUUGAUGUGCAACCUGGAGGGAACCCCAGAAUUGGAUCUGGUGAUAGGGAUGAGGCCCUGUCUGGAUUCUUGGGAAAUUCGACAAUGGGGGGAUUAGCUCCUAGGUGGAUCCGUCCAUGUCCACCAAGGUACCCAGUUCAUCAGAGCGAGUUGCUUUGGAUUGAUCCUGAUAACAAGCAUGAGCUUGUUUGGGAUGAUAAAAUGUGUGCUGAUACAAGCAGAGGUGCAACAGUUAGAGACUUGCUUGUUAAGGGUUUAAAGGUGACACUUUCACCUAUGGAGCAAGAGGACAUCACUACAGAAUUGGCAAAUGACCCAAAGCUUGUCUAUCACUGUGGAAUAACUCCACGGAAGCUGCCGCAAUUAGUAGAGCAUAAUCCUCAAAUAGCAGUUGAGAUUCUCACCAAGUUGAUUAAAUCCCCAGAUAUUGCUGACUAUUUUACAGCUCUAGUAAGUAUGGACAUGAGCCUGCACUCAAUGGAAGUUGUGAAUAGGCUCACUACUGCAGUUGAACUUCCCAAGGAAUUCAUAAGGAUGUACAUCACUAAUUGCAUAUCGUCUUGUGGGAACGCUAAGCAAGACAAAUACAUGCAGAAUAGGCUUGUACGGCUUGUUUGCGUAUUCUUGCAAAGCUUAAUUCGUAACAACAUCAUCAACGUGAAGGAUCUAUUCAUAGAAGUUCAAGCUUUCUGCAUUGAGUUUUCUCGGAUUCGAGAAGCAGCUGGCCUCUUCAGGCUUUUGAAAACAUUGGAAUGAAUAAUCUCUUUCUUCUUCUUCUUCUUCUUCUUCUUCUUCUAAUCAUCUUUGUCUCCAUUUUAUUUUAUUAUCUAUUUUUGUAGCUAAAGAAAGUACUUUUUUGAAUCCAAGACAGUUUUCGGUUUUCUUAGA